AUGGCUGACCUGAAACCCGAUUCACCAAUCAUCAUCAUAGGUGCUGGUACAUGGGGAUGUUCAACUGCCCUUCACCUGGCUCGCCGAGGAUACAAUAAAGUGAAAGUACUGGACCCUCACCCAGUACCAUCCCCCAUUGCUGCGGGGAACGAUAUCAACAAGAUCAUGGAGCACAAGGAACUCAAAUCCUCAAAUCCUGAUGCCCAAAGCAUAGCCUUUGCAACAUGCACCAGAGCAGCACUGAAUGGAUGGAAGAACGAUGCAGUCUUUCAACCAUACUUCCACGAGACUGGCUUCAUUGUCUCUGGACAUACACCAGCUCUAAUUGAGCACAUCAAAAACGAAGAAGUCGACCGAUCCGAAGGCGACUGGGUAGCCUUGGAAACAGCCGAGGACUUCCGUCAAACGAUGCCACCAGACAUUCUAACAGGAGAGUUCCCAGGCUGGAAAGGGUGGAUAAGCCGAUCUGGCGCAGGGUGGAUUCAUGCUCGGAAGGCAAUGGUAUCUGCAUACAACAAGGCAGAGAGUCUAGGCGUGGAAUUUGUCACCGGUUCUCCGCAAGGCAAGGUUGAGCGCCUGAUCUACGAGCACGGAGAUGUGGUCGGAGCCCAAACAGCAGAUGGGCAGAGGCACUUUGCAGAGCAUACAAUUCUGGCAGCUGGUGCUGGAAGUGAUCGACUGCUAGAUUUCAAGAAGCAGCUACGUCCAACUGCUUGGACUUUGAGCCAUAUCCGUAUGACACCCGAAGAAGCGAAGAAGUAUCGGAAUCUCCCAGUCUUGUUCAACAUUGCAAAGGGGUUCUUUAUGGAGCCCGAUGAAGAGAUGCAUGAGCUGAAGAUCUGCGAUGAGCAUCCCGGGUACUGUAACUUUGUGGCGGAUCCUGAUCAUUACGGCGAGAAGAGGAGUAUACCAUUUGUAAAAGAGCAGAUUCCCCUUGAGGCUGAGGCUAGAGCUAGGGAUUUCUUACGUGAUACUAUGCCACAUCUUGCCGAUCGACCUUUCUCUUUUGCUCGUAUCUGCUGGGAUGCGGAUACCGUCGACCGGGCAUUUUUGAUUGACAGACACCCUGAGUAUUCCUCGCUUGUGGUUGCUGUUGGUGGGUCUGGAAAUGGUGCCAUGCAGAUGCCUGCGAUUGGUGGUUUUAUUGCCGAUGUGCUGGAAGGGAAGUUACAACAAGAGUUGAAGGAUGUUGUUCGAUGGAGGCCGGAAAUUGCUAUUGAUCGUGAUUGGAAGUCUACCCAGAAUCGAUUUGGCGGGUCUGGGAAGAUGAUGGACUUCCAGGAUGUUAAGGUAAAUGAGUGGACACAUGUUGGAAGAUAG